AUGUCAACCUUAGCACAGAGAAUCGACGCUGCUACGGUACCGGUGGAGGAGUUACGCAUUAAGGCCAAAGUGGACGAUGAGUUAUGGCAAGGGUUGGUGGCUACAUUGACGAAGGACAAUGGUGGUAUAGAAACGGUGGCUGAUCUUGGUUUCUGCCAUCCUUGGGAUAUCCAGGAGGCGCUAAAUGAAGUUGAAUCAGCAUUAGAUAGGUCAAGACUUGCGGUGUUAUUCGACUUAUGCCGUAAUGAAUGUGGUCUCCCGUGUAGUUUGGUUACAACAGAGAUCGAGAAAGGUGGUGGCACUAAAGAUGGUCCUAAGGCUUCAGAAGGUGAGAGUCGAGUGAAGUCUAGUCAGUAUAUUGAUGGUUUGGCGGAUGGUUCGUUUUCCCUUAUUACACAACAAGCAUAUGAGCAGUAUCUUACGACAUUGAGAGCCAAGUUAAACUUGGCCAAACUUGGCAAGUUUGGUGAGGUAUCCGAUGAGUCCAUUCCAAGUCGAGAGCAACUGUCGGGGUUGAAGAGUUUGGUCGAAGCGGGAAAUAUCCCGUUUGUGGAUCUAUAUAUGUUUACUGGAAACCAGCGGGAAAGACUAAGGUCGAUACGGCAAGCUGCGUUGAGGGUGGACGAAGAUGGGAAAAUUCGACGAGCUACAUUGAGUCGUAUUCCUACAGACUCGGAAUGGGCUACAAAUUUUCGUAUCUAUUCUAUGGGGCUCAUUAUGUUGGGAGUAGCACAACAUGCGGAUAUGCUCAAGUAUGCGGAGGCGAUCAGUCGUUUAUUUAAGGUUUAUGGUACAACCUAUUGGCCCCAAGUAUAUGCGGCUGACGUGCACCUACGAUCGGUGAGGCUGGUGAGAUACAAGAAAUCUAAUAAUACCUGGGGUGGUGCUUAUGCCGCUAGCGUUGGGGACUCUGCGUUCUGGAUGGAACGUGUUGAUAGGGUGGUAUUCCAGUUACAGAGAGCUAGCAAGGAGACUUCGACUACAACGCCGUCGAGAGCAUCCGGGAAACGAACUAGGCCAUCUAGAAGCGAGCAGGUGUGCUAUGACUACCAAGGUGGCCGUUGUUCGGGCGAACCAUGCCCGAAUGGACGCAGACAUAUCUGUAUUAAAUGUCGAGAGGUGCAUCCUUUGCCGCGAGGCAAUAGGGAUUGCAGGAAGAUGCCGGCGGCUAGUAAGGUUACGUUGGUGACGUCGAAGGAUCAGAAACUCCGGGAAGGAGCUACAGGGUCUGAUCGUGGUGCACAAGGCCAGCCUCUGAGGUUGGUGUCUAUGUGUGGUGAUUGGGAUACUGAGGUGCCGAGAUGGUUCAUUGAGGGUGCCCCGGUUGGUCUGGCUGGUGAAAUUGGGAAGGUCGAAUCCUGUCAUGAGGACUCCGAGCAGCUGCAGAACAAUUAUCCAUCUACUUACGAGCACUUUGACGAAGUCAUGAAGGUACUGGAGACCGAAGAAGAAUGUGGUUUUUGCAAGAUGUGUACAUCGUUUGAUGAGGUUAACAAUUUGAAUGAUUAUUGCUUCGUAAAGGAGCAUAUAGAGCUCCCUAGAGUUUUCGAUUGGAUUGAUGAUAUAGUGGAAUUGUCGAAGUUCGCUCAUGAAAAUAGAGAGGUUGUUGAAUUCUCCCUUACUGUGGGGAAGAACGGCAGCAUUAUUGAGUGGUCGCUAGUGGUCGAUGCAAGCCCAACUGGUUUGGGAGGUUUCCUCAAAAAGGGAGACGAGAUUAUAUCAUGGUUCUCCGACUCUCCGACUGACUAUGAUUGCUGCAAGUUCAACGCUAUCAUAGCUAUUCGGAUGUGGUCGAGUCGGAUUCCUGCCAGUGCGAAGAUUAUAUGUCAGUCUGACUCUGUUGCGGCACUGUCAGCAGCUUCGCGGUUGCGGUCGAGGUCCCCAAACUUGAACUGUAUCGCUCAGGAGCUGGCUUUACACUGUGCGGUUACGGGUAAAUGGUACCAGAUCGAGUUUGUUCAUCUGCCGGGUGAUGAUAACCAGAUAGCAGAUAGUCUCUCAAGGUUAUCGGAGGAUUCGGGCCUUCUCCCAUUUGGGGGAGGCAGAGCUGGUGUGUCCGGCCAUAACGGUCGGAAGAAGCGAAACGCCGAGCGUAGACGCCGAAGGGAUCUCCAAAGGAAGGUUCACAAGAAGGUUCAGAGAGUUGUCGCCUCCGCCUUGCCGUGGCCUCGGUUGAUCGCCAUGUUAUCUGUCAAGGAGCCCUUGACCAACGACGAACUGGCUGCUGAUGGGCUACCGACAAAAAUGCCGAUUCCCGACUCUUGGCUACCCCCGGUUCCACGGCCUGGCGAUAUUGGAACGUUAUGGCCCCCGAGUGGAGUCACUACAGACGAUAUGGUCGACGAUGAUAUCUCUGGUGCCCUUAGAUUCGCGGUCCCCGACCUCACUGAUGAGGUCCCUCGUGUUAUACUUCCAUCUAUUGACCUUUUCUGUGUAUCCCAAUAA